AUGUUCUGCGUUGAGACUCAACAUUUCCCUCUCACUCGGAUACUUCUACUUGCAAUCGGCUUAUGGCCAUAUCAAAGAUCAAAAUUCAGUCAACUUCAGGCAACUUUGUGCUUUGGUAUUCUGUCAAGCUUUGUUGUAUUUCAGCUUACAGCGCUUAUAACUACAAAAUGCACGGUUGACUUCAUCAUCAAAGUUUUUUCUACCGCAAUGGUCUUUAAUUUCUACAUAAUUACAUACAACAUGUUCUGGAUUAAUACUGAUCAUGUGAGAAAUUUGUUGGACCAGCUACAAUGCAUCUGUAAUGAGCUAAAAGAUGAAAACGAAAUUGCUAUCUUUAAAAAGUAUGGAAAUAACACAAAACGUUUUACACUUAUAUUGACAUCGUUCUCCAUAUGUUGCGUAUUUAUUGCUAUUUUAUUGCCUAUUUGGCCACAAAUCCUUGGUAUUUUCUUGUACAUAAACGAGUCUCGAAUACAGAGUCAGACAAUACAAAUCGUUACUGAAUAUUUUGUCGAUCAAGAAAAAUAUUACUAUUUAAUUUUACUGCAUACAUACGCAGUGUUUUGUAUUGGGGCGACUACAGUGACAGCGAUAGGAACAAUGCUCUUAGGAUGCAUUGUGCACGCCUAUGGCUUGUUUACAAUUGCAAGUUAUCGUAUAGAGCAAGCAAUGACGACCAAAAUAUUCGAAAAUAUUAACCUGAAUAGUUGGAGUAUGAUUUGUAAAAAAAUAUGUUAUGCGGUCGAAAUUCAUCACAAAGCUAUGAAGUUCACCAACUUUAUAUUAUCUAGUUUUAAAGGCUCAUUUUUUAUGUUAAUAAUGUUUAGUGUGAUUUCUUUGAGCCUAAAUUUUUUUGCAAUCUUUCGCAAUGCAUCACUUGGAAAUAAAGAAGCAUUUGUAUUACACAUUUUAUACGUACUUGUCAUCUAUUUAUAUUUAUUUGUAUCUAAUUAUGCCGGGCAAGAAGUUUUAAAUUACAGUACUCAUAUAUAUUCCACCACAUAUAAUGUUCAAUGGUAUAAUGCACCAUUACAUGUACAAAAGAUGAUACUAUUGAUUUUGCAAAGAGGCAGUAAAACUUUCAGCCUAAAUAUCGCCGGACUAUUUACAGUAUCAUUAGAAUGUUUUGCCACGUUAACAAAAGCAUCGAUGUCUUAUUUCACCGUUCUAUAUACCAUGCAGCAAUGAGAAGAUGUAUAAGAUACAAUAGAAUGAAAUAAUGUAAUAGAAAAUAAUGUAAUAG